CAGAAAAAUCUUAUCUGAAUCUGGCUGCCUCCCUUUAUAGCCACCAUUGCACACACCUUGUCCCCUGUCAACUUUUAGUAUGUCCCAUAUCUCUGUGCCUAUAUAUUCAGUGGCCAAGACAUCAUCACUUCAUCAACAAACUCACAGACCAAGCAUUUCUGAGCAAAACAGCUGAGAACCAAGAACACCCAGCCAUGACCAUGAUCCACCCCAAGAGGCUUGCUCAGUUUGUGAGGAAGUGCCAAAGGGUCAAGGCAACAUCCAGAGAUGACGAAGCAUGCUGCACAUCAUCGCCGGUCGCAGAUAAAGGCCACUGCAUCAUGUACACGACUGAUGGGAGGCGAUUCGAGGUCCCCUUGGCGUACCUCGGCAAGACAAUCUUCGGCGAGCUACUAAGGAUGUCCAAGGAAGAGUUUGGGUUCACAUGCCACGGCCGGAUCAUGCUUCCCUUCAAUGCAGUGGUGAUGGAGUAUGUCAUGUGCUUGCUCAGGAGAAAUGCUUCAGAGGAAGUAGAGAGGGCAUUCCUGAGCUCUGUAGUGAUGCCUUGCCAAUAUCCAAGUUGUACGGUGCCACAUGUAAUGUUGCACCAGCAGCUUGCAGUUUGUAGCUCCUGAAUAUAGAGUUUUCCCCUCACUGUUCUCCAUUUUGCAUCUGAAAACAGAAAACACAAAGUUCCUUUGUAGCUCGUCCUACAUGGAACCUCUUAUCUUCAGCCCUUCAACACUGCUUUGAGAUCCGUACUCUCCAACUAACUUGCAA